AUGAUUUAUGUGCGGAAGGAUCAUUUAAUUGUUUUUGUUUUGACUUUUUCCAGUUAUGCUUUAUAUCAUUCUUCUCGAAAAGCCUUAAGCGGUGUUAAAGCUUCAAUUUCUGAGGAUUGGAUUGCAAAUUCAACGAUUACUCACCAUCAACCACUUUUUAAUGAUUUAUCUUCCGCACAGAAUUUUCUUGGUUCUCUUGAUGCUCUCUUUAUGUUUUUCUAUGCUAUUUCGCUUGUAUUUUGGGGAUGGCUAGGAGAUCGAAUGAAUCCUCUUUGUGUUGUUGUUUUUGGAAUGGUUGGAUCUGCAUUGACGUUAACUGCUUUUGGUUCACUUCCUUAUUGGCUUGCUUGGUAUUCACUGCCUUGGUACCUUUUUACUUGGUCAUUAUUUGGUAUAGUUCAAGCUUGUGGUUGGCCUAAUGAAGUUACAAUUAUGGCAAACUGGUUUCCCCAAACAAAUAGGGGAGCAGUUAUGGGACUUUGGUCAGCCUGUCAACCAGUUGGAAAUAUUGUUGGUGCAAUUAUUGCCUCUUUUACCCUUCCAAUGGGUUAUCAGUCCACAUUUGUCUUCAAUUCUUUAAUUAUUUUAAUUGGAGCAAUUGUGAUGUUAGUUUUCGUUAAGCCAAAACCUCAAUUGGUACAAAAUCCUUUGACUGUUGAAAUGCCAACUGAGCGAAGGACUGUAAUAUCUAAUGGAAUACAUUCUGUCGAAUCUGAUGAAGAAACUGCUGAACUUAUGAGUCCAAGAACGUCAACACCUAGACCUAUCAGAAUGUGCGAAGCAAUUUUUCUUCCCAGUGUUCUUCCGUAUUGUCUUUGUAAUGCUUGUCUUAAAUUUGUUAAUUAUGCCUUCUUUUUCUGGCUUCCGUUUUAUUUGACUUUUAAAUAUCAAUGGAAUGAAGCAGAAGCAAAUCAACUUUCUAUUUGGUAUGAUAUUGGAGGAAUUUUUGGUUCUAUACUUGGUGGAAUGGCUUCUGAUCGACUUAAACAUAGAAGUCCUGUUUUGGUUUUUAUGUUAAUCUGUUCUGUUCCAUUACUCUUCUUAUAUGCUAGUCUAGGUCCAAACACAUUCUUUCAUAUUAUUGGAAUGUCUUUACUUGGUUUUACUAUUUCUGGGCCUUAUAAUUUAAUUGUUAGUACAAUAUCUGUUGAUCUUGGUUCUCAAUCAUCUCUUGCUGGAAAUGCUGAAGCAAUGUCUACCGUGACUGGUUUAAUUGAUGGAACGGGUUCGGCUGGUUCAGCUUUUGGACAAUUAUUUAUUCCGUUGAUACAAAAUAAUUUUGGUUGGAAUUGGGUUUUCUACCUUUUUGUUUUAAUGAAUAUUUUCUCUGUUUUAUGCCUUAUGAGAAGAUUCCUCCACGAUUUAAAGCUGAUUUGGUUAAGCAAAGAAAGUGCAAGGGAACAUAGACGAGAAAAUGAGCCAUUAUUGGGUACAAAUUAAAUAAAAGAAAUUUUUUGGGUAAUUAUAUUGUUUAUAUUUUUUCUUCUCUUCAUUUCUUUGAUCGUUUUUCGACCAUGCCUCUCCUUCCUUCCCAUAUAGAGGUCCGAAUUUAUUGAGUUAAGCAUCGAAUUGUCGCUCACCCAGUCGCUUAUUGU